GUCUUAUGAAGAAUUCAAAGACCUCUUGCAGCAGUAUCAGGUAGACUUGUCCAAAUUUGGCAAGGGCAACACCAAGCCAUUGCAAAAGUUUUUUGAGUCCGUGGUAAUCGAAGAAAAGUGCUUCUUGCAGCUCCGGGGCAACUCCCUGCAACGUUUCGUCGAGCUCGUGCGAGUUCACUUACGCUUUCGCAACAACGAAGGCCGGCUGCAGGAGCUCAGGAUAAAGACUGAGAUGACCGACGCGGGUACAGAGCGGGAGAGGAAUCAAUUGUUGGCCAUGGUCAUGAGGCUCAAAGACCAGGGAAGCUGGAAGCAGGCCCUGGAGCGUUGCUUUGAACAGAAGUUUUCGAUCUCCGCGGGCGCGCAAGCCAGUCUUCUUUACGUCGCCAAAGAUGCAUACAAGUACGAAGAGUACAGCGCCGAGUCUGAGACGGUUCCAGACAUGACAACCACCUACAAGACGCACAGUGUUGUGGUGACCAUCAAGGACAAGACGCGAAAAGAGCUCGCGAGCAUGGGUCUGCCGGCCGGCGAGGACUUCAGCACCGAUGAUGGCAAGACGAGGUGGACGUGGGCGCCUGUAGAGAACAACAAGGAAGAUGAGCUUAUGCAGCUCCUUUCCCAGCAUGGUAUAGAUCUCAGUGAGUUCACCUGGCAGAGCUUCGUGGAACUUUAUUCGGAGGUCUACGAGAAGUCUUUAUCUACAAUCCAGGUCGUUGAUGGACAGUUGGUGCGAAAGGUCAAGGUGGUGAAAGUUUGGCUUGAAGCGAACUUGCUCAGCCAAAAGCAUGUGCUGAUCAUCAAGACCAAGCAGCAGCAAGGACGCGUGCAGCACCUCCGCAACUUACGAACCUUAUCGAUGCGGAUGCGAGCGAUGCAACACUGGUCGGAUGCCGUGUCUGAGGCGCUCUUUCUUCGUCUCGGUGUCCCGGAGCAGCAGCAGAAGGACAUGCUCAGCGUGACCAGAUCUGAGACAAGGGAAGAGGUGGAGUUCUCGGUCACUUUCCCUGGCUUGAAGACUGUGUACACCAUCAUGGAGGUUCGAUGUGAGGUGCUGAACCCACAGGACCAGCGGUGGCAGUACAUUGGGCUGCCGUCGGCGGAGGAUUUUACAUUCUGUCGGCAGGAGCAGCUAGCUACUGGCGAGUACGACAUGAUUCUCACCAGGAUGGCUUUCGAGUUCAGUGUGUUUGGUGUUCUGGCUUGCCUGUGCUUAGCAGCCUCAGCGGGGCAAUGGUCAGUCGGAGUCGUGCUGGUCAGCCUGAUCGUCGUACUUCUGGGCAUUCGUGCAUAUGUGGGUGUCCCUCCUACAAUGAAAGGGAACAAGCUCCCGAAAUAUGCCGGAAAGCGCUUUGAGCUGAUCGCAAUGCCGGUGAACCACUUCGGUGAGAAGGUCCGCUUCUGUUUGGACCUGCUGGGUCUUCCUUAUGAUGAAACAACAAACUGCGGCAUUCUGAACAUUAUGCUCUUUGGCCAGUCGGUGCCGCAACUCAAUGACAGGAAAAGCUGCAGCCACAUUGGCAAUUCCGAUGAAAUCUUGCGAUACCUGCAUGGUUUGUACGCUGCGAGCAACAAGGCAGCGGAUGCAUUGCUCAAGCAGAGUGACAUGACGCUUGAAUGGGAGCUCGCCUUGAACGACCUUGGGCAUGCAAUCCAGGGUUGGGCAUAUUACUACCUCCUGGGACAGGAGUUCUCAACUGAGACGGCCUUGGUUUGCUGGGGUGCAUAUGAUGAAAGAUGUCCGCUCGUGCAGAGAUGUCUGUUAAAAGCCUUCGCCUUCCCGAUCAAAGCCUUCAUGCGUUCUGCUUUGAAACUGGACCGAUCAGAUCUGCGUGAUGAACGCAAAGCCACCAUAGAUGACGUCUUGAAGCGUGUUGAUGCCGCAGUCGGACCUGACGGGAAGGGCUACAUCGUUGGCGACCAGCUGACGUAUGUUGACAUCACAUUCGUCUCUCUAUUAGCCCCGCUUCUGGUCAGCAGGCUUCUGUUCAAGGAUCCUUGUGCCUGGGCACGCGGCCGCUUUCGCUCCUUUGCGGAAGCUGGUAAACGUGGCGCACCCAAAUCUGCACCGCCUGUGCUCCAGGUAUUCGAAGAGGAGACCGCAAAGAGGCCCUGCGGGAAGUUCGUCGCUCGCAUUUACGACGAGUACAGGGAUGUUCGGCACAAAAGGGGCGACAUCGCAUGCAGUUCAACAUGUUUGGUACAAGCCCGUCCGGCCACCUACUUCAACAGUACGUGGUUGCAGAACAAGCUUUUCCUGGGGCGGGCUAGGUGGGGAUGGACAAAUGCUGCCGAGAUUGAGUACGAGUCUCGCAAAGAUCUCCGAAGGCCGAGCCAUUAUGACGAGCAGCCCAAGCAUGAAGCACUGGCGAUGCAGCUCGACAAGAGCAAGAAGCAGGUUGUCCCGCCUGAGCCGUUGCCAGUAAGCGGCAAGGAUGAGUUGCUCAUCAUGAGAGUCAUGGAUGGGAAAGUCACUGACUGGACUCGAGCCCGUCGAGCCGCUGAGCAGAUUCGAAGUCCGAGCUACACGACGAAGGACUUCUACAGCGACUUGGUGGCGGCCUUCCCCGAGCUGCGGCUGUACUGCGUGGUUCGGGAGGCUGCGCCUCACGGUGAGGGCCGGGUGCUGUUGCCGUCCAUCUCUACACUGACGACUUCAGCCAGUCGAACAGGUGAAGACGAGUACCAGCGCACCAUCGGGGCGCUCUUCUGCAUUUUCUGGCUGAUGCGUACGCAUCUUGACGGAAAGGAGUCCUUCUGCUUUGGUUUAGACGCGGAGUGGAAGCCGCGCAACAGGUCGCACUUCCAGGAGCCAGAGCUCGAGGUCGAGUACAAAAAGCGAAAGAACUUCUACGAGAAGACCGACUGGGCGGCCAUCGAAACCCUAUUUGUCGGAGCCGGCUUGCUGAAGAAGGCUGGUGGCCCACACGAUGUCGAAAGAACACUCGCAAUGCUAGUCCUGAUGACCGUGCACGAUGUCAUGAAGCUUGACAUCCUCCGCCCGAUGGUUGGAGUGGGAGAGUUCGCUGGCUACAAAAACGGCGAGCCUAUCGGCGACCAUGACGUAGCUUUAAGCUAUGUGCUGGAAAGGUGCCCUCAAGCCUUGCCGUCCUUUGCCGGGCUUUCGACCGAAAUGCAGGAGAGCAUCAAGUUCACGCACUGCAAGUUGGACUACAAUAUGGGCUGGCUUGUGCAAGCAGAGGCUCCUCCUGGAGCUUUGUUCAAGGCCUUCCGAAAGGUUGUCCUAGCAGGAGCUGCUUCGGACCAAAAGUCAGCCAGUAACAUUGCCUUCUACUUCGUUCACUGGUUCGCGGAUUUGGCUGGAGCAGAAGCUUCUCCGUUGCAAGGCUGCGAAAAGUUUGUGCUGAAGUUCCCUCAGCAAGUUCUCGGCAGCUUCAUCGACUCCUUCGCUGUCGUGUGGAAUCUGGGCCCCAAGACUGAGACUGAAGUGUUUGAGGAGUACUUAGUCUGGCGGUGGGGCAACAUGGAGCAGCGCCUCGGCCCUGCUCCCACGGGCUCUGGUGCCAUUGCCAAAAUGCGACUGGUCCUCAUGGCACAGGGUGAUAACCAAGAAGUUCUGAGGCAGUUCAGCCGACUGAAGAAGGCAGAUCAGCAGGUGUUGAGCCAGGAAUUGGCUAUCACAGGGUGCCUCAACCAGAAGUUCAAGCGGGACAGCUACAAGGAUGCCGGGGGUCCGGCAAUCUUGGUGUACUAUGCACCGGCACUGAUGCAGAAAGCUGGCAAGCAGGAUCCGGCAGGUGCCUUGAUCGUUAUGGCCGAGAUCUUCCGACAAGCACGGUCUCUGUGGCCAUUGUCAAAAAACCAAGAAGAUUGUGAUAAGACAAUCUUGGUUCGGAUCGAUGUCUUGAAAGAGAUGCAGGUCUCGGCGAUCCUGGAGCCUCGACCAGACAUCAACUACGUACUAUGUAGGGUCAGUUCACAGGACGCGCAGGUCAAGAUUGUCAGCAAUUUGGACAUGAAAGAAAUAGACAAGGCAACACAGCGGCUGCUCAGAUUUGGAAAAUCGGACGAAGCUGAACCUGGAGGAUGUUCGCCGUUCAGGAGCAGGUCACAGCGGACUUCUGCCAGGCUCAGCUUUUUGGCAAGAGGAUAA